AUGGCAGCUUCAACGACGGCCAAGCUUGAUGACAAGAAGGCGUACGGAGCGGUGGUACUGAUACAGCUGAUCUACGCCGGAAUGUUCCUCCUCUCCAAGGCGGCGUUCGACGGCGGCUUCAACACUGCCAUCUUCGUCUUCUACCGGCAGGCCUUCGCCGCCGCCGUCGUCGUCCCUCUUGCUCUCUUUUUCGAGUGGAAGCACGCGCCGCCGCUCUCGCUGCCCACCUUCGGCAAGAUCUUCGUCCUCUCUCUCUUCGGGAUAACGUUGAGCUUGAACAUCAAUGGGAUAGCUUUGAUCUACACUUCAGCAACUUUGGGUGCUGCUACUGUUAAUUCCCUGCCAGCCAUUACUUUCUUCUUGGCUCUUCUAUUUGGGAUGGAGACACUAAAGGUGAGGACAAAACCAGGAAUGGCAAAACUAGCUGGGAUUGUGAUAUGCAUGGGAGGAGUAGCAGCUCUUGCUUUCUACAAAGGCCCCCAUUUUAAGGUCUUCUCUUUCUUCAAACAUGACCUCCAUGGCCAAAGUGAAAACCUUAGCUCUCAAGCACACUCUAGCUCUUCUCAUAACACAUGGGUCAAGGGUUGUUUCUUGAUGCUCUUCUCCAACCUCAGCUGGGGCUUUUGGCUUGUCUUUCAGGCAAUACUUCUGAAAAGCUACCCAUCAAAGCUUCUCUUUACAGCGCUCCAAUGCUUUUUGAGCUCGAUCCAGUCCUUGGUGGUGGCAGUUGCCAUUGAGAGAAAUCCAGAGGCAUGGAAGCUUGGCUGGAACAUGAAACUUGUGGCCGUGACUUACUGUGGAGUUGUGGUGACUGGAGUAACUUACUACUUACAAGCAUGGGUUUUGGAGAAGAAAGGUCCGGUCUUUCUCGCCAUGUCGACUCCUCUGGCUUUGAUCUUCACAAUGUUGUGUUCUGCACUACUGGGCGACUUCAUCAACCUUGGAAGUGUAUUAGGUGGAAUGCUUUUGGUUGGAGGACUUUACAGUGUUCUAUGGGCAAAAGGCAAAGAAGAGAAAAUGAAGAUGGAUGAGAGUAUUGAUGAGAAGAUGCAGAUUCCAGAAGUGGCAAAGGAGAGCUUAGAGCUUAAACAAGUGGUUACAAUCAUUAGCAUCCCCGAGAAUCAAGCGCCAAAAACCAAUGUUGCUACCACUUAA